AUGGCGGUGACCACCCGGACCGCCGCCCUGAGCUCGCUGGUCUUCGCAGGGAGCCAGGCCUUGAGCAUUCUGCUACGGAAGCGCACUGGCGUUCCUCUCCUGAAGAUUAACACCCUUAAUCCGGGUAACCAUUUCGGCAGCCCGCUGCCAGUGAAACUUGGGAUUUUUGUUGCGAGCCCGGAUUCCUUGCUUGACUUCAACGAUUUUAAAUCUCUCCCAGUUGAGCUCCUCUGCGAUGAGGUAUCCAUCGAUUUCGGCAACCAUGUGCCUUUGAAGAGUUUCGCUGGUUGA